UAUUACUCUACCCUCUCUUUUUUCUGGUUUUUAACCCAUUGUUCAAUACUGCCCCAUGUCGAUUCAAAUAUGCCCCCCUGGGGAGGCAGAUUUGAACAGAUUUGUGUUUAAAAAAAACACAUUAUUUCUCUUUAACGUUUUCAGCAAAUUCAAACAUUUCAAUAUUUUUAUAUUAACAAAGGAGUAAGUAAGCUAAUAAAACUAUGUUUUUUCAAUUUCUCUUUACAGUUGAUUUUUUAUGAGUCCAAAUACUAAAAAUAUGCUAAUGUGCCUCUCUCUCCCCUACUGUUCACACUACCUUGAUGAAUGAGAUUAGGUUUCGCCAUCAUAUCAUCCUUAUCACAUAAAAAAGUGCAAGAUUUGAUAUCUUCAGAUUAUGGACGUCGAAUUCAAUCUUGCGAAGGCAUUUUAAGAAGUAACAACGACGAUCCUAAGUUUUUUGACCGUAUUUUGUGGACAGAUGAGUCAACGUUUACUCGGAGUGGAAUUUUUAAUAUCCACAAUUAUCACUCCUGGGCCGCUGGGCCUCUGCAAACCCGAAACUAAUUAUAACGACACCAUUUUCAACAAACUUGACAAAUGAUUUUGAUAUUGCAAUGGCAGAUCCUGAUGUCAAUUUUACAACACAUCAGGGCAUGUUUUUACAGUGCGAAGGAGCCCCUUGUCACUUCGCGAGAAAUGUGAGAACACAUUUAAACAACCAGUUUGGCAAUAGGUGGUGAAUUCUGUGGAUUUUUUUUGUACGGCGAUGCUACAAGGAGAUGGUCUAUUACCAAGAAUUCAAGACAUUGCAAGAGUUGAAAAGAAAAUUAAACGAAGGCCAAAAGGAAAUAAAGCAAAAAACGCAAAUCUUCAGAAAUUUACGCCAAAACUUUUUACGGCAAUGCCGAUUAUGUAUUCAAGCAGGUGGCCGACAUUUUGAACAGUAAUUGCAAUAAAUUAUUACUGAGGUAAACAGUUGUUUUAUUUAUGACAAAUAAAAAAUGGGUGCGUGUACUUAUGUAGGCGCGUGAGAAGUUAUCCUUUUUUGGCAUCGUUUAAAAUUAGUUUUUAAUUGCAUGCAAAUAAUUAAUUACAAUAAAUUAAUAAAAAGUCUGGAAAAGGACACAGUCAAUAAAGUUCAGUUUUAAUUUGAAAAAAUAAAAAAAAUAAUCAAAAUAUUCAAUUAA